AUGGCGAAGCUCCUUUAUUUCAUUAUUGUUGUUGUUUUCAUAGAAAUAGUAAACGUCUCAAAGGUUAUUGCGCACGAUGAAGAUUUGGAAAAUCUGUUGUUAUCGUUACAGGAUUGUGUAGAACGAAUUGAUAGGAAUGAAUUUCCCGGUAGUUUCAACUUUUUAGAGCAUUUACGUGAUCGUCUUGAGGGAUAUAUUCGAAUAAUAAUGGCCAUUUCCUUGGUCCUUAACAAUCUACAAGUUGCGAUAACGCCCCUGAUCGCAAACUUGCUCAGUUUAUUGAGAGAAAAACUUCAAGCGCUGCGAACACAGAUUAGUGUAUGUAGUGACCAAACGACUAGGCAUUGUAGAAUUCCUCCUCAAGUUGCAAGCUCGGGAGGCAGGAGAAGGUAUAUUAUUACAGCGGAGCAAAUGGAAGUAUUAUGCAGUACAUAG